AAAUUCCUCAAGCAAAGCCACGGGUGCCAAGAUGCCGUUGAUUCAAAGCACAGCAGACGCGCUGCCAUACAUAGACGCGGCGCCGUCCCCGGAAGCAAUGGAAUCGGCCAACGCUUUGAUCCAAGCAGAAGUGUCGGCGGAAAAUCAGACGUCUCUGCAUCCUUCUCUUCCAGCUUUUGAUGCGCCCGCCUUCUCCGAAUUGAUCACUGCAGAGCAUGCCCGCUUGGCAACGGGAGGGGCGAAGGCAGGUGGCAUUGAUCUCACUCGCUACGAGGCCCUCGACGCUCCGGAAAAGGGCAAUCUGGAAGCGUGGAAGGCGACACUCGCCCAAGCGUAUGCGAGCGUGGAGUACCUUCGCGGACGGGAGAUCAAUCUAGGCUUGCUGGAGACGUACGGCAAGAAUGCAUGGCUCAUUGCAAACAGCCAAUUAGAGGACAUUCUGAGGAGUCUGGAGAGGGAGGUGGAGGCGUCGAAGCUGGAGUUGGAGCAAGUGGCGCAGGCUCGGCGGGUCGCGCAGGAGAAUGUGGCGGGCGAGAUGCAGAGUCUGGAGGAGACGUGGAGGAAGGGGGUGGGGAGGAUGAUUGAGACUCAGGCUGCUGUGGCGGGGCUUAAGCAGGAGAUGUUGGAGAGGAAGCGUGCGGCUGCCGCUGUGGCAUCAUGAGGAGUGCCAUUCAAUCGACCAAGCUCAGCCUCGAGAGUGUGUGCACGCGCAUACCGACUCUCUUUCGAGAUGGCCCAGGGCGCCAUGUGCACCACGUGGAGCUCCUGCCAUGCACACGUCCGGAAAGAACACGCUUCGACGAGGUGGGAUACACACGCAGUCACGCG